AUGGCAGUUGAGCUUCAGCUCAAGUUCUCUCCAUUAAGCUCUCAAUUUUCACAUGGUAUCAGAGCAUUGGUUAGCAUAGCAACAAAGAAGAACAGGGAGAUCUUUCAGCUUGAUGUAAAUAAUGCCUUCCUACAUGGAGAUCUGAAUGAAGAAGUAUAUAUGCAAGUGCCACCGGGUUUAUCAGUAGACAAACAGAAUUUGGUGUGCAAGCUAAAUAAGUCAUUAGUAGGCAAUUCAGUGGUUUUUGUAGCAGUUUAUGUGGAUGAUGUUCUCUUGACAGGGAUAUAUUUAGAAGAAAUUAAGGCAUUGAAAACUUUUCUACAUGCGACUUUUAAGAUAAAGGACCUGGGGCGAUUAUAUUACUUCCUAGGUUUGGAAAUACUAUACAAACAUGAUGGAGUAAUAAUCACACAAAGGAAAUUUACAAGGGAUCUGAUACAGGAGUUUGAAUGUUCACACUGUACUCCAAUGUCCUCUCCAAUUGAUCCUUCGACAAAGUUAAAGGCAGAUGAAGGGAACCUGCUCACAAACCCCACUAAAUACAGGAAACUAGUGGGGAAGCUGAACUUUCUCACCAACACACGACUUGAUAUUGCUUACAGUGUUCAACAUCUCAGCCAAUAUAUGCAGAGUCCUCGAGAUUCUCAUCUCAAAGCUGCUAUGCAUGUACUCAGAUACUUGAAAGGUGAUCCUGAUUGGGCAGCUUGUCCUGAGACCAGAAAGUCUGUCAGUGGUUUCAUUGCAUUGCUUGGGGACAGUCCAUUCAGUUGGAAAUCAAAGAAGCAAUCCACUGUAUCUUUAAGCUCUGCAGAGGCAGAGUACAAGUCUGCGAGAAAGGCAGUUGCAGAGCUUAUUUGGUUAUCUAAACUUCUGGAGGAGCUGACCAUGCCUCUAACUCUUCCCAUUCCAAUCUACUGUGAUGAACAAGCAGCAUUGCACAUUGCAAGGAAUCCAGUAUUUCAUGAACGGACAAAACAUAUAGAGGUAGAUUGCCACUUUGUUAGGGACAAGCUUAUUGAUGGUCUGAUUUCUCUGCAUUAUGUCCACACAGACGACCAACUAGCAGACAUACUCACUAAAUCCUUGACAGGCAUCAAACACUCUUCAUUACUUUACAAGUGGCAGUGA